UCUUCCCGGAAGGGGCGGGGCUACGGGCGGAAGCGGAACAUGGAGGAGGCGGCGGGCGGGAGGGUGCUGCUGGAGCUGCCGGGGGUCUCCAUCCCCACCCGGAUCCGGCAGGGCGCCCUGCAGGGGCGGCUGCGCGUGCGCCUGGCGGCAGACGAUGUGGUACUGGAGUGGGAACCCCUGGAGGAGCCGUGGGACCCCCCUGAUGACACGCCCGCCCCCCCCGGGGAAGCGGAGGACCCCCCAGACCCCGGCUACGAACCCGACUGGGCCGUACUGAGCCCCCCCCGGGCCCCCCCACAGCCCCCCGGCUGUCGGGGGGGGUUCCGCCUGGCGCUGCGGGAGCUGCGGGGGCUGCGCAGGAGCCCCCCCGGACUGCAUCGGCCCUUCGUGGUGCUGCUGCCCCGCGGGGGGGGCGCCGCGACACCCCUGCAUUUCCCACGGGGGGGACCCCGAAAACUGCUGCGGCUGCUCGGGCCUCGCCUGCGCCCGUGCCCCCAGGACCCCCGACUGCUGCUGGUUGUGACCCCCCAGGACCCCGGCCCCGACCCCCCCCCACUGCCCCCCUCCCCCGGGCUCGUCACGCGGCUGCUGCAGGGCCCGGUGGCCGCCACUGUUGGGGGGCUGAGCCGCCUGCUGGGGGGGGCGCGGAGCCCCCACCCCGGGGAGGAGCCCGAGCCCCCCUUUGAGGUCAUCAGCUGCGUAACACUGGGGCCGCGUCCCGCCCCCCCGCGCGCCCCUCCGGUGACCCUGGAGGAGUGGGGGCGGGGCCACGACCCCGAAGGGCGGACCUUGGACCCCGCGGGGCUGCGGGAGCGCAUCUUCCGGGGGGGCCUGAGCCCCCCCGUGCGACCCCAGGCCUGGGAGCGGCUGUUGGGGCUGCGGGGCUGGGGGGGGCACGACCCCCGCGAGAGGAGCCGCAGGGGGGAUUAUUUCCGGAUGAAGCUGCAGUGGCGGUCGCUGAGCCCCGGACAGCAGCGCAGGAACAGCGCCUUCCAGCGCUACCGACAGCGCCUGGAACGGGACCUGGAUCGCUCGCACCCCGAUGUCACCGACCCCGAGCGGGCGCUGCUGCGUGACAUUCUCCUCACUUACUGCAUGUACCACUUCGAUCUGGGAUAUGUGGGGGGGAUGAGCGAGAUCCUGACCCCCCUCCUGACCGUCACCCCCGAAGAAGUGGGGGCGUUUUGGGGGUUCUGCAGUCUCAUGGAGAUGGUGCAGCUUUGGGCCGGGCCCGGAGGGGCUGAAGCGGCAACUGGGGCAACUGGGAGCACUGGUGCGGGCGCUGCACCCCGACAUCGGCCACCGGCUGGAGACGGGGGCGCUCCGGGGGUGCUGCGUCCGAUGGCUGCAGAUGCGCUUCCAGUCCCAUCUCGGGGUGCAGGGGACCCUCCGGCUCUGGGAGGUGCUGCUGUCGGGGCUGCCAUGUCCCAACUUCCUGGUGGUGGUGACCUGCGCUCUCCUGGAGAUGAUCGGGGACAUCGGGGACAGCGACGGGGACAGCGACGACGAUGAGCCCCCGCGGG